AUUUUCCCUUCGUAAAGGACAAAAACUCAAUUGACAUUAUAAGCUGGCGAAUCCUUAGUUUCUCUGCAAAAUGGUAUUUCGUAGGAAGCAAACCAAAAUUACUUCGUAAUUUAGAUGCCAAUAAGAUGGAUUCUGAAAAGAAACCAGUAUUUUAAUAUUAAGGCAAAUGCAAAUACGGUGCACUGCACUUGAAUGUUUGGAAACCAAAACAUCAUUUCUCUAACUUCAAUUGAAGAUUUUAAUUAAGUUUACUUUACUUGCUUUUCACGUCAUUGUGUAAUCGGAAACCUAGCAAAACAAAACUCGAUUUUCAAUUCAGUCUAAAUCAAUUUUUCAUAUAUUUUACUCAAAUAAACGACUACAAGAUGAUUGCAUGUGAACCGUAUUUGAGUGUUUUUGUCUUGCCCAGCUGUGCAGUUUUUAAUUAAUUUUGUUCGCUUUGCGCUGAUUAUACAUUAUAUUCUAUGUUGGCUGUGACUGAACGUGCCGUACCUACGCUGAGCAAAUUCAUCAAAGAGAAAAUAAUUCAUUUCUUGAAUAGUCGAUUAAUCUCGAUGAUAACCAUGUCAUUCAUGUUGUCUUUGCUGUACACGAAGGUACACAUGAGGUGCACGCCUCAUGCACGCCUUAAAUCAGUGAAUCUUUUUGACUCGCUUUAGUCUAACCGAAACGUUCUGCACGGUUCUGAUCAUUAUACUACUUUGGUUUUACAAAUCUUCGUAAUACUACGCCCUCCUUUGAUGAUCUACGCAAUGUAACUUUCUUGAAACAGAGAUUGCGCUAUUCAUAGGUAUUAGGGAGUUUAAGUAACGACGAUGGCGACGCCAUGGACAACGUCGACUAAAAAAUGAAUUCAUAUUUUUACCUAAGAAUUUUGCGGUACUCUAGUCAUUUCGAUUCGUUUGUUUCUCUUUGUCAAAUCUAUCCCAAAACUGAGUAUUGAACACAGCGUACAACUGGAAUUAAAAAUGUCUCCAGACGACGCAGACUUUGGGCAUUUCGCGUUGUUGUUUUGCAGGGGACGGCAAAGAAAUGUACCAAACAAUUAUAACGUACGUGCACAAUCGCUGCAUUUCUUAUUAAAUCUUUUGUUUAGCGACGUUCUCGUUGCCGUCUUCUUUAACUCCCUACUGAUGAGAAGUUAGGUGCGUGAACCAAAACUGCAUAAUUUAAAGUUGUUAGUCUACAUCAAGUGGCUGGUGGCAAGAGGUGGGGCGAAUAAAUACUGAUUGAACCAAUCCUACCGAUUGGUUCAUAUCCAUAAUUUAUCCAAAAAAGAAAUGUCUUCCAUGGUGAUGAUAAGAAUAUUUUUACUUUUUGAAUUAUUUGUUGGCCACAGGUGAAAGGAGAAGGGGAAAAUUCGUCUGAUGGUCGUUUUCCAAUCUCGGUGGACCGCCCUGUUCAAUAACACGAUGAAGCUUUUUACAAAUGAUUCGUUCAGGCUUUGCAUCCUGGAUGGUGUCGCAAGAGACCGCAGUUCUGUGUUUCACGCAGUAACUCUCACGGCUUUACUGAUCACUGCAAUUUUAUCUCCAGUGGCAGUGGUAGGGAAUGCAUUGAUCAUGGCUGCAAUUUGGAAGAACAAGUCUCUUAAAACACCAACCUACGUUCUUCUCCGUUAUUUGGCGUUUACUUAUCUUUGCAAUGGACUCGUCAUCCAGCCUUUUUUUGUUGCAGGCGAACUUAUUUGUUUGGAAACACCACAGAAGAUAAACAGUCUGCCUUUAUUCCAAAUUUCUACUGCAGUUAUUACAUAUGGAUGCGGUGCUUACAUUUGUUUCUUGUCUGUGUCGCUUCUUACACUGAUGGCAAUUGAAAGAUGGCUGCACAUGGCUCGCCGAACUUUGCUGACUGUUCGCCGUAUCCAUUUUAUCAUGGUAGCAGUCUCACUUCUUCUGAUUCCUUUUGCAGUCUUUCACUUUUUGCGCAUCUUCAAUAAUACGUAUCGACUCGCUACUGCUAUCACCUUUUUCUUCGUUUUCCUGUUUUGUACUAUAAGCACAACGCUUGCUUAUUUUAAAGUCUUUCAAAUCAUUCGGAGUCACAAACGACAAAUUCGAGCAAACGAACCGGCUCAUAACUUUUGCCAUCAGGCAAUCAACUUAAAAAAGUACAAAAAAUCUGUGUUCUCGAUGCUUUAUAUUUUAGGAGUAUUUUACAUUGGUUUCGUGCUCGUCCUUUUCUUCCUUGGACUAUCCAUCUGGUUGAAGGACUCUCAAUUAGAGUUGUUUUCUACAGUGUCAGCGUCAUUUUUGUUUUUGUCCUCUUCGCUUAGUCCUCUCAUUUACCUUUGGAGGAUGAGUGAUAUUCGCAAUGGUGUAAAGCAGUUGCUGAAGCAACUAUUUUGUAAGGUGGACAACUAAAUGAGAACUCAGAUGAAUGUAUAGUGUCAUAAAAUGACACUUUUCUGGUCUAUACGCUUAAGACACUUUAAAAUGCAUAUAGUUGACGAUAUCAGGAAGUCAGUGUAAAAUUUGAUCUUACCUAAAUCGCAACAUUUUGAAACAUAAUAUCAAAUAUCACCUUUAUAUUCAAAUGCAAAGCUGUCAUUUUUUCUUUGCAAUAGGCCAUGUUCGAAAUGUCAGUAACAUGGUUCAAAGGCUUUCGAGACAAACGCCUAUAUUUGGUGUUGUUUUCUUUGUAUCCAAGUGUCCUGUCCAAUUUCGGUAUAUUAAAAUUGAGCCCAAGACAAUAGAUCUCAGCACGAGGCUCUGGGGAAUAACUA